UGGAUGGUGUUCCUUCUUUUUGCAGGGUGUAGUAAAGCGCUGGAGAAUACGCAGGCCUCGACUGUGUCUCAGAAAUGUACAGAGGAUACCAACACUUUUCUCUGGGAAAUUACCCAGGACAGGCCGAAGGAAUAUGCUGUUCAAAUGUACGAUGCAUUUGGAAAGAUGGGCAGCAAUGUGAAAGGAGGCAAUGCAAACCGGCCUGGCCUGCUGCAGCAGUGUCGCUCUGCACAUGGGCCCUCUUUCUCUGCACAGUACUGUGAGGUGUUCCUUAAACAGGGAACAGUCCAGUACUUUGUGGGUAUUUGUGUUCCUGAAUCCUGUGGAGAAGAAGAUGUGGAAAUGCUGGUGCUGGACGGGAGUCUUCAGUUUGGUCAGACGUCCCUCAUUCCUCCUUUACCUCACAUCCUGGUCAAUCAGUCCACUCAGGAGAUGAUCAUGACCCACUGCUUGUCCGCGAUUGCACCCGGUGCAUUAGAUGCCAUCUCUCUGUUUGUUUGUUGUGUAAUGGUAGCCAUCCCCCUUGCGGCUACCCUGUUAACGGCUAUAAUAAAGUGGCAAAGAAACAGAGAGGUCAGGCCAUCAGCGCAGACUUCCUGUUCAAACACAGGCCUCAACCUUUAUGGGACCAUGAAGACCAAUGGCUCCUACAGUAGUGAUAUCAAUCAUGACACGGAGGAAAAUAGUAGUAGCAGCACCAGCAUCACAUCCCGAAGCUUUUUGUACCGGUGCCUUCAGGCGUUCUCCAUACAGAACACCAGCCAGGGAGUCCUGAGCACCUCCUCAUCCGUCCCAGGAGGAGGCUACUCCUCCCUGAACGGCAUCCGCGUUCUCAGCCUGUUAUGGAUCAUAUGUGGACACUCUGCUCAGUUUCCUGUUAUAAACAAUCUGGAUAACUACAAAAACUGGAGGACAACAGUUGAAAGCAACCCUCUGCAUGUGCUUACCAUCAGCGGGCCCGUUUUUCUAGCUGUGGACACCUUUUUACUGCUAGGGGGUCUGCUUAGUGCGAGGUCUCUGCUGGGCUCCAUAAACAAGGCUGAUGACAAUUUGAGUCCGAGUUUGGUGGCUAACUACCUCCUCAGGAGGAUUAAAAGGAUUCAACCACUGCAUAUGUUUGUUAUGUGUCUAACGAUUGGCCUCAUCUCACUGAUCCAGUGGGGACCCUACUGGUUCCCAUUUAUAGAUACACUGAUGGAUUGUAAGACGUACUGGUGGGCUAACUUAUUUUUGAUAAGCAAUCUUCUUCCAGUCCAUGAAAUAUGUAUCCCUUGGUCAUGGUACCUGUCUCUGGACUUCCAGUGUUAUGCCACCACUCCUCUGUUGGUCUAUUUUUACAGACUAAACAGAGGUGUGUUUAUAGUUGUUGCUGGAGGUCUUCUGCUGAUGACCACUGUGGCCGGAGCUGUUGUAACUGCACUCAUGCAUCUGCCUGUCUUUCAGCCAUCUACCCUGACGUCUGAGUAUUACGUCUUAUAUUACUAUGUCAAACCGUACACAAGGUAUGGGCCAUUUUUAAUAGGCAUCUUGGCUGGAAUAUAUUUGACAACAAAGAAAGACCCACUGUUAAAACAUAAGUGGCAGGCAGCACUUGGUUGGAUCUUCUGUCUGUCAGUCAUGGCUGCGGUAAUUGGAUUGUCUUACAUCCUCAAGGAGACCCCAGCCUCUCCCUCUGUGCCCCAUGCCCUCUACCAGGGUCUGCACAGGCCGCUCUGGGCUCUGGCUGUGACCUGGAUCAUACUGGCCUGUGAGGAUGGGUAUGGAGGUUUGAUCAAAAACCUCUUGUCCCUGGGUUUCUGGGUUCCUCUUUCCAACAUUAGUUUUGCCUGCUAUCUGACACAUCCCGUCUUCAUAAUCCUUUACAUUGGCCUGCAAGAGACCCCAAUCCACUACACAGACAUAAACUUUAUGUACCUGUUCUUUGGACACCUGGUGCUCACGCUGGUGUUCAGCUAUGUGCUUACCCUGCUGGUUGAGAAGCCAUACCUCCUCCUAAAAUGGAGAGGUACAUAAAGAACACAAAACACUCUAUCCAGCUAACACCCCUACUCUUACUGUAUGUGUUCGUUUGUUGUGCCUUGUAAGUUAUUUCAGUUUCUUGAUCAAGUAACUUUUUGUAGAAAGAUCACACAAACUUGUAACUCAAAAGUAUUAAUUCAAUUGGUCAUUAAGAAAAAACAGUUUACUAUUUAGGAUAAGUGGCAGUUAUGCUAUUAUUUACUGUGUCUCCACAUAGUGUAAAUUCUAUAUUGAAGCUAUUAAAAGAGGAGAGGGCUUGGACUACGGAAACAUACUUUAAGUGUAGCCCUCGUGCCAAGACAAGGCUUGUGUGACACAAAGUUCAUCAUAUUCCCCCGGCCAUUCGACCCCCUCUGAAACUGGACUUGGACAUUGCACUUUCCAUGGCAGUGAAUAAGAAAGUGACACUGACUCAGCUGGUGAGAUCAUAACAAAGGUUUUCAGUUACUUAUGACGCAUAAAUGGCACGCUACAUUUCCAUCGUAGCACUUGCAAUAUGCUUGGUAUGCGCUCUGUGUUACAUUGCAUUAAGAUGAGUAAUGCUUUCUGAACAGCCUCAAAGGAAUACCUUGAACCUUUGCCACUGUUGAUCCCUGCUGCUCACUCAGAAACUUAACUCCUCAUGUGGGGAUAUUCACAGGAACUAUGUUAUAAAAUCAGCACAAUGAUUUCAGGAUGGAGUUUAUUUUUAUUUUUUAAACAACACUAUUUCUCUGAGAAUCUUAGUCCAAUGAUGACAUGUUUCAGCAUUUAAUCUUCUUAAUUAAAUGGUGUUUUAGUUCAAUUUUAGGCAAGACCCUGCGUUAAGUGUAUGAUAAGAUCCAAACAUGGCUACCUAUUUAUUUAUUUUAAUAUAGUGAUCUCAUGUCAAACAUUUUCUGGCUACAUUACAGGAAAUACUGAGCAUGGCUGUUAUAAGUGUUGAUUUCAUAUACUGUAAGUUCUAUAUUGUGUAACUCCAUAUGUACAUGUAUUUGACCUUGAAUAUAUUGUUCACAUCACAUCAUUGAUGGUUUUGUGUCCUCAUUAUCUGAUGUUGUGCUCUUAAGGUAAAUAAAACCUUUCAUAAUGUU